GCAGAUAAGUGGUGUUUUGAUGACGUUUUAUCGUUUCAAAUGGGAGAGCAUCUCCCAACCAGUUAAAGAAAUGUAAAUGGAUUAGAUGAAAAAGGUGUUACGAGUGGCAAUCAAGUGUAUAAUAACUUAAACCAUACAUGAGAAGGAGCGUUAGUUAAUGAGAUGAACUCAUAGGCUAACAACUCUUAACGAACUUAUCAAUCUAGUAGUAGUGUUAACUCCAUUACUUGCUGUCCUUUACAUUUUCCAUUACACUACUACUAACGUGUCAUCCACUUUUACGUUGACAAAAGUUAAUAACAAUCUAAUCCUUGUCAGCAUCCAAAUCCAUUAUGUAGUCUUAUUUGGUCGGUUCAUUUUUUUUUUUGUUGGUUUGACAAAUGUGUGUCCACUCUUUAUUAAUUUCUUGAUAAUUACCUGUAAGACGCUCCAUAGGCCCUCGCUCUAAGAAACAAUACAAUUUUUUUUUGUUUUCUUACAUAAAUUGACCAUAUAAAAGUACAAUAGGGCUUAUAUCAAGAAAACCUCAAAUGAAACCUUACACCCUAGGUUAUCUUCUUGUACAUAAGGUUGUGUUUCACCUAUGAAUCUCACAAUGUAUCCUUCAAGUUAAUAUAGUCUCAGUGUGUUAACAAAACCUACAACUUUGACCAUGCAUGGAAAGUGCUUUAAGUAGGUUUGUCUUACUUAUGUAUGUAACGGCUAGUGAGCUCCUCCACCUAGUGAUACACUAUAUACUAACUAAAAGAUGUCAUGCCACUUAGUAAAAAUGCCAAUGAUGUAUUAUUUAGUAUAUAUAUAGAAGAGGAUGAUAUGCAUGGUAUAUAUAUGUGAAAGUGUUGGAAUAUAAAUAGUGGCUCAUAUAUAGGAUGUGCCUUAGUGAUUUGUGCGCUUGCUAGUUUUGACCCCAUUUUCCAUUUGUUAAUAAUAUUUUCCUUGUGCAUACCUCAUAAGUUGGUCUUAAGAAAAAAAAAGUGGAGACUUAGUGGAUGAAACCAGUAUCUUAUACCAAACCAAGCUCUUUAAAUACCACUCUUUAACUAACAUCUCUUCGCACAACUACAAUACUAGUAAAGCUGAUCCACUUCAAGCUUCCUUUCUCCUUUUAUUAGUCUUCUUGUUUCACCACUGAUCUCAAUAUAACCAAACUUCUUUCUCAACCAUUCUCCUCUUGUGUCAAACAAAAGACCUCUAAUUUUGUUUAUCCUCAUUCUUCACAAGUGAAAGCAGAAUAAUCAAGAGCAAUAAAGAUACAUAAGAGAGUGAUGUUGCUUCUCAUCUUUCUAACAAUCUCCGUAGUGGCAACAAGCGCAAGUCCAUGGAUACCGAUGGAUGGAAACAAUCCAGCUAGCUAUUGCUUAAGCUGGAGACUAGCAAUAGAAACCAACAACGUACGUGCGUGGCGCACCGUACCUCUACAAUGUAUGCGUUACGUUGAGGCAUAUAUGCUCGCUGGUCAAUAUGACAGAGACGUUGAGUUGAUUGUGGAACAAGUUAGGGUUUAUCUCAAUGAGAUAGUCCUUCCUGGUGAUGGCAUGGAUGCAUGGAUCUUGGAUGUUGAUGAUACUUGCUUCUCAAACGUCUACUACUAUCGGCUCGAGAGAUACGGAUGCGACCCUUAUGAUCCAACAGGAUUUAGAACAUGGGCAAUGAAAGGAGAAUCUCCAGCUAUACAACCUGUUCUCGAACUCUUCAAUGAUCUGAUAGAAAUAGGAUUCAAAGUUUUCCUAGUAACCGGCAGAGAUGAAGAGACCCUUCGCCAAGCAACAGUUGAAAAUUUGCAUAAUCAAGGCUUCACUGGUUAUGAAAGAUUGAUUAUGAGGACAGCAGAGAACAAAAAACAAAGCGCAGCAACAUACAAAACAACAAUCAGAAAGCAGUUGAUGGAAGAAGGUUACAGGAUAUGGGGCAAUGUAGGCGACCAAUGGAGUGACAUACAAGGAGAAUAUUCAGGGAAUCGCACCUUCAAGAUUCCUAACCCAAUGUACUUCGUUCCAUAAAUAUUUUGAUAUUAUCGUUUUCAAAUUUCAACCCAUCAAUUACAUGUAUAACAUGACAGUAUAUACACAAGGGUAUGUCACAACUUGUCAUAUUAUACUAAUCACAUUUCAAAGGUUAUAUGAUAUAGACUUAGCCAAAAAAAAGAAUUUAGUGGACAGAUAAAUAUGGAAAUAAUGUCUGAUAUAAAUAAAAAAGAAGCAAAGUUUUACAUAAAAGUUUUCAAAAUCAAACCAUAAGAAUCAAUCCAAUAAAUUUGUUUUUUUUUUCUGUUUUUGUUUUUACAAUAAGAAUUUUCAAUACACUCCCUUUUCCCCAGCCACAUUUUUUCCCUACAUACACAUUAUAUAUCUCAACAUUUUUUUCUUAUCUCUUUUUUUUAAAAUAAUCUGUAAUGAAUCUCUGACAUCGUCUUAUAAAGACGAAUAAAAAAAAAAAAAAAAA